UCGAUGACUCGUGAGGAGUUUGAUGUGAUUCAUUAAAUAUAUCAUCAACAUGACGUCAGAUUAUUUUUAUUUUAUGAUUCAUUUAAUCAUGUUUUCAGCUUUAUGGACAGAAAAGGAGACGAUGACAUCUGGCUCAUAAAGUUCUACGCCCCCUGGUGUUCGCUCUGUAAACAGCUGGAUCCCGUAUGGCAUCAGAUCGGAUCAGAACUCCGGAGUCUGGGUUCUCCGGUCCAAGUCGGCAAAUCAGACGCCACCGUUUGCACAGGUUUGGCCAAAGAGUUCCGGGUCAGGAGUUACCCCGCGAUCCUCAUGUUGAAGAAAAAUGUCAAAUAUAAUUAUUCAGGACCAAGAACCAAAGAAGGAAUUCUGGACUUUGCAAACCGGGUCGGGGGGCCUCUGGUUCGAUCCCUCAGCAGCCUGCAGCUCUUCCACCACGCGAUGGGACGUCACGACGUCAUGUUUGUUUACGUCGGAGCCACGUCACAACUCAAGGAAAACUUCACAUCAGCUGCUGAAGAACUGAUCGUUCACACGUUCUUCUUCUCUGCCUCCAGAGACGCCCUUCCAAAGGCGGUGUCUCUUUCUUCUUUUCCGGCUGUACUGGUGUUUAAAGAUGGAACAUACUUUACCUACAAUGAGGGACAUGAUGGAGACCUGAGGACAUGGAUCAGCAGAGAACGGUUCCCAAAUUUCUUUCACAUCGACAGCUACAGUCUGUACAUGAUGGGAGAGACCGAUAAACUGGUUUUAUUGGCUCUGAUGGAGGAGAAGCUCCAGAGUGAAGCAAGUGUCAGGUUUAAGUCUCUGGUGGAGACGGUGGCGAGAGAUCACAGAGAAGCUUACGGCAGAAGCUUCUACUUCGGUUUCAUGGAGGACAGCGCCUACAUCAAUGGACUCGUCAUGGGAGAGGUCUCCGUCCCGUCCUUCAUCGUGGUGAAUCUGUCCACUGACAGCUACUUCCUGCCGCCCGUUGCCGUGGAGACAGAACAACAGCUGCUGGACUUCCUGGACGGGGUGUUGGACGGUAGCGUGGAGAGUCGGGGAGGAAACGACGUCCUUCAGCGAAUCAGACGCUUUGUUUACGACGCCAAGACGGCACUGAUGGUCUGUCCCUGUCCUCUGUCUUCAGACCUGUCCUCUAUCUCUGUCCCACUAAUGUCUGUUCUCCAUCUUGUUGUCCAGCCUGUCUUCAUCCAUGCUCCCGUUUUCGGCUGUUUCCUGGUUGGUUUCCCAGUCGUCCUCGUCUCUGUCUUCUUUGUCCUCUGCUGUAAGACGCGUCCGUCCUCGGCUGAGGACGACUUCGCCACCGCCACCGUCGCGUUAUCAACGCCGUCCCUGCAGAGACGUAAAAAACUCACAGAGAAGAAGUCCAACUGAGACUAAACGUGUCCCUCCUCCAUCACAUCCUCUCGUCCGUCCAUCAUGUCCUCACAUCCGUCCUUCACUUUAUCAAUCGUCCACAGCUGCAAUGUCAAA